UGUGCCGCUCACACGAUACAAUUGAGUGUAUACGAUGUAAUAAAAAACGAAAAUGUAAAAUUGAAGUUUGAAAAAUGUCGAUUAACUGCAAAAAAGCUUCGCACAUCGACUUCUGGUCAAUAAUAAUUUGUUACCACCGAUAGCUGACUGCCCCGCCCGUUGGAGCUAUUCAUACGAUUUGGUGAAGCGCUUAAAAGCUGUUCGAGAUUUCGUUGAUCAUAAUUUUGAAAACUCAGAUGUAGACUGGAGUUUUGUAGACGAUUUUUUCAGUACUUUUGCUCCUAUAAAGGCAACUACAGAAGAGUUACAAAACCAAAACUUGCUUUUUGGCGACUUCAUAGCAAUAUUUUUGGAAAUGUGCUUGGCCAUAAAAAAAAAGUUCCAAUGCAUCUGAAAUUUCAAGACUUUUAUUCCAUUCGAUUACUAAAAGGAAGAAAAUGCUACUAAGUAAUGCAACAGUAGCGGCAGCCUUUUAUUUAGACCCCAGAUUACAUCGUUUAUUGCUAAGUCCUGAAUUUGCGCAUAUGAGAGUAAUGGCCGUUGAGUAUUUGAAAACGCUACAUUUAAAAGCUAGUCCGAUUUUUGCUCAGUCAGCACAACCCCACAUCAUUUCUAUAACAGAAAGCGAGAGUAGUAUCGAAGAUACAAGUACCGACUUACUUGGUGAAUUAUUAAAUCAAAUAAGUUCACCUACAUACAGCGCCUCAUGCACUUCAGAAGCUUAUUUGGCUAUUGAAACAUUCAACGAAUUUACCGACACUAAAACCAAUUUAGCCGACUUUUGGGAACGAAAAAAGUUUUCACACAUAAUUUUGUAUCAGCUUUCUCAAAUUAUUCACGCAUAUAUAUUUAUUACAUGCAUAAUUAGUAUAAAUGUAAAUAAAAACGCGGUUCAAAUAGAAAUUCUAAUACGACAACGGCAAUUGCUUUGCAUACGUACGAAGUACAAUGUUCCAUAA